AUGUACCGGCUUUUAUCAGGCUUGAUUGCCCAUGCGUCCAAGAAGGAGGAGGUACGUCAUCCCUGCCUUACACGUACGCUGCUCAACCCGCUGACCCCCUCGUCCUUGUGCAUGCAGUUCUCCGUCUUGAUCAUGGGCCUCGAUAACGCUGGAAAGACGACAUUCUUAGGUGGGGCUGAAUUGUUCCGCCUUGGAUCCCCGGCGUAGGGGCUUGGCUCAGAUAUUCAAUACUCGGCCGCACAGAGAAGAUCAAGAGUCUCUUCAACGAGACGCCCGACGUCGAUCCGGCUAGUAUUGCGCCUACGAUCGGGCAAAACAGUGCGUCAUCUUACUUUUCAAAGCGCCGUAGGCACCGAACAACGUGCUUACUUGUUAAGUUGGACCCCGCCCUCUAACCCCCUUAACCCCCUUGCAGUCGGGAGAAUCACACUCUCAUCCUCGGUGCUACAAUUUUGGGAUCUAGGGGGUACGUUCCUAUACAUUCGACAACCUGUCUCCUGAGUCUUCAUAUUACUCACCUCAUAUCUGACGCAUCACACCCAGGUCAACGCGACAUCCGUUCCUUGUGGCCGAAAUAUUAUUCGGAAUGCCACGCCGUCUGCUUCGUCAUCGACUCGACGGACCAAGACCGCAUCGAGGAAUGCUGGAACGUAUUCGGUCCGCCCUAUCUCCCCCCACUCCCUCCUUGAUUGAAUGAGUCCACACUCACCCUCCCCGCCGGCCCCGCCCGCACAGAAACCAUCGUAAGCGACCGACGCGUAGACGGCGUACCGACGCUCGUCCUAGCGAACAAACAAGAUGCUCAAGGCGCGAUGCAAGUCGAGGACAUCAAGCAGAUGUUCAACAAAUUGAUCGUAGGUAAAUUGAACGUGUCCGAAGGGGCGGUAAUGCCGAUUUCGGCGCUGAGAGGGUCAGUCUUGACCGUGUUUGGUUUUCACUUUCGGUUGGGGGGGGGGCUUCAACUGAGAAGUGUUUUUGCGGGUGCGUUAUAGGGAUGGGAUAAGGGAAGCUGUGCAGUGGUUGUUUGUAAGGGUGCAAAAGUGA